AUGAACUCCUUGCGAAGAAUACGACCAGCGCCCCUCGGCCGCGUGGUCGCCGCCGCGCCGUCUCGGUUGGCUGCUUGCGCCGUCGACACCACAUCUGCAUCGACCGGCCAGCCGCGGCUCUUUGCACACCCCUUCUCCUCCGCUCCUUCUCUUUUCUUCGCCGCCUCUCCGCACGCGCCAUUGCGCGCGUCUUCCCAUCUCGAGUUCGCCUCCUCUUCGUCCUCUUCGUUCCCCUCCUCGUCGCCUUCCACAACCUCAAAACCAGCGUCCAAACAUGUGCCGGACCCGAUCCCGUUUGUCCCCGACGUCGCGAGCUUUUUGAAGAUUAUUGGUCGCAACAUGAAGCAGCACACAUCCAAGUUCCCGACCUGGGAGGCGCUCUUCACGCUGACGUCGAGGCAGCUGCGCUCGUUGGGCGUGGAGCCCGCACGCGAUCGGCGGUACCUGCUGCGAUGGCUCAAUCUGUUCCGCGAGGGCCGGUUUGGCAUCGGCGGCGAUUUCCAGUUUGUGCGCAACGGCGUGGCGGAGCUGCGGGUGUACGAGCUGGUCGACCCGGAGAACCCCAUCAAUGUAAAAAAGAUGGUGGCGAAUGUACCGGUACCACCCGAGGCGCCAGCCGCCGCCGAGGCGACUGAGGGUGGGGGUGAGGGUGAGGGUGAGGGUGAGGGUCCAGCUGCGGCUGAGCCUGUAGCGGUGGAUCCUGGCUACGAUUUGAACGCUCGGCCGGUGCUCGUGCGCGGCUACAAGGUGGUGGGCGCCCGAGCCAUCGCGGGCCCCUAUGCGCUGCCACGGCCACAGCAAGAGGGUUCGGCCGUGAAGCUGACGGAAGGCAUGUGGGAGCACAAGCGCGGCCGCAAGAUUGACGGUGGUGAGCGCCGCCAGGCCGAGGUCCGCUUCAAGCGCCGCGUCGCCGAGCGCCGGGCGGCGCGCGAGGCUCUGCUGCAUGCAUCAGGCCUCUAA